AUGGAGGCGAAGGCAGCGGAACUCCUGAUAGCCUUCAAGAACCCUAACCUCUCUGUUGACUCGAAGAUCACCUACCUUUCAAGUGUCAAAUCCGAUAUCAAACAGAAAAAUGUUCCAGAAGGAGCAAUCCGACCAAUUUUUGAAACAUUGCGCCUUGCUAUCAGUUCUCAACAUUAUUCCGUCCUCGGGGCGGGCUUUUCCACACUCGGCCACCUUCUGAAGCGCCUUGCAAUCCAAGACCAGCAGCAAUGGAUUGUUCACCAGGCUCAAAAUUUGUAUCCCAUUCUAUUGGAACGUCUGAAUGAUCAAAAAGAACGCAUAAGAGCCCAGGCUGCUUCAAUAUUCACCGAGCUGUGGUCAUUCGCAGGUAGUGAAGUCGAAUAUCAUGUCCUGGAAGUUGCGCUCGUUGGGAAAAAUAAUCGGGCCAAAGAAAUGAGCAUGCUUUGGCUGGCAAACAUGACGAAGCACCAUGGUUUGUUGUUCCGCCAAUAUGUUCCUUCUCUGGUUGCGUGCUUAGAGGAUGCCGAUAGCGCCGUUCGAGAUACGGCGAAGUUGGUCGUGAUUGAUCUGUUCCGGACUGGCCCUGGAAGAGCGAAGUCUGACCUACAAAAACAAAUGGCGGCGCGCGGUGUGAGGAAAUCCAUUGCAAAUGCUAUUCUCUCAGGCAUAGGUCUAGGGUCCAUUGAACCAGAGGCUGCAUCUUCUACACGCCCAAUCUCUAGGGCUGAACGUUCGAUUUCAGUGAUGUCUUCACGUUCACAUGCUGCGGACUAUGCUGAUGAUGAUAUGGAGCCUAUUAAGAGCCGCCCAGCUUCUAGAGCUCACCGCGAGCGACCGAUGGCCUCAUCCGUACCUACAGAAGCACCGAUUGUCCACCGACCUCACACACCGGGCCCGAAACAAGCACCUCAACAACCGUUAGCAGAUGACGAUGGCUUGGAACCAUUCGAUGUUGCUUCAGCGAGGGAUGUCGAUGAUCUUGUGCGUGAUAUGUUGCCCUGGUUCGAUGGAAAAGAAUCCGAGGACAAUUGGUCUAAGCGGGAGAAGAACGUGAUUCUGUUUCGCAGAUUGACUCGAGGCAAUGCGCCACAUGAAUUUUCGCAAAACUACAUGAGUGCAGUAAAGACACUCCUUGAUGGGAUCUUCAAGGUUGUCAAUUCUCUACGAACAACCAUGUCUAGCAAUGGAAGUCUCCUGAUCCAAGAUAUUGCACGAACAUGUGGCCCUAAAAUUGACUCGAUGGUUGAGAUUAUCAUGCAGAACUUACUGAAGCUCUGCUCGGCGUUGAAAAAGAUCGCCGCGCAAAACGGAAAUCUCGCUGUUGAUGCGGUCAUCAACAAUGUUUCGUUUAGUAUUCGCCUGCUGCAGCAUGUAUCCUUCGCAACCCAGGAUAAGAACGUUGGGGUCCGCUUGUUUGCCUCUGGAUGGCUGAAAUCCUUGAUCAUUCGACAGGCUCACCAUAAAAGCUCAGUGGAACACGGUGGCGGAGUUGAUCUGAUUGAGAAAUCUAUUAUGAAAGGGCUGGGAGAUGCCAACCCGGCUGUGCGUGAGUCAACCCGGAAUACCUUCUGGACGUUCUACAGUGUGUGGCCAGAGAGAGCCAACGCGAUAGCCGACACAUUGGAUCCUAAGUCGCGGAAUUUGUUGGAGAAGGACUCAUCAAAUCCUAAUCCACCCUCAAAUGGCGCACCUGCAUUACCUGCUAAAAGCCCUGCGAAGAGUCGCACGGCUUUACAAGAAGCUAUUGCUGCUCGGAAAAAGGCCCAGAUGCCUUCUCGACCCGAGUCGGCUCAGCCAGCCUUUGCUGAGGCGAAAUCAUUAGCUCCUGUCUCCAGGUCUACUCGAAGUGUACCCACUGGCACUCCUCUCUCAUCUUUGUCUUCUGCACCAAUGAGACCUGCUAUGAAGCCUCGACGAGCCGAAUUGAGCCGUCCUGCGACCGCAGAUCCAUACGCUCGCCGUCCUGAGUCACGAACCCAGUCUCACAGUACCCAGUCGACUAGACAUGGAACCCUCUCCCCUCGGGCUGUGAGGUCCAAGCCAUCAACACCUACAUCGAAGGCUCCUCCGACGGCGCCUCGUACUCGGCCACAUGAGUCCGCGCAGCCUGCUACAACUAAGGGCAGACCUAAGAAGCUCGAUUUGUCCAAGUCCAAGUCUCACAAUGACCUUAAGGCCGCGAGUCGCGCUCGCAGUGACUCAAAUGAUAGUGUGACAAACCAGCUGUCUGCAAGAACUCCCCGCCAGGAACAUUACCUCAGCCAAGUAGAGGACCGACUUUCACCAUCAUCUAUCCAGCUCGAAAGCCCCCCACUUCACGCAUCACAUCCUGUUCUGUACUCAGCCCCGGAUGGCCCUCAUGCCGACUCGGUUCCUGUUGACCAACCGGAACCAAUGAUGCUGGAAGAACCUUUCGUUCCCGCACCUCAACCUUAUCACCAUGAAGCGGAUCCUAUAAUGUCUCAAGCCCCCGUGUCUCCCGUCCCCGGCCAUUCAGACCUAGACUUUGCUCGUGCUCCCGAAUCUGUCACCAAAACACAGCCUGAAUCGAUGGUCAUAUAUGAAGAUCCUACCACUCCCACUGCCAUUGAAACUAAGACUGCUGGCUAUUCUGCGUCGAUUGAAAGAAUGUCUCCUUCAAAGUCCCCCAGUCGCCCCGAUCAAUUUGAGCAAGACGAAGGGGGGUCUCGGGCUAUCUCUGAGGAUGUUCCAGCCCCGACGGUCGCGUCUGCUAGAAAGCCUACUCCUGAUUUGGCCCCCAAUCAGGAAUAUGUGAUGAACUUUGGAGUUCGAACUCCCUCUCCAGCGCGAAGGGCGCCACUUCAACCAAGCCCAUCACCAACUAGGGGUCGUGUCCAGCCAGCGGCUUCUCAUGUAUUUGACAUGGAACCUGUGCUUCCCCAGGAGUCUCAUGUGGGGACGCACGGCAACGAGGACAACAAUGAGAAUGCGACUCCACGCCUGACCAAGAUCGUAGACUUACCUGCAGUCCCGCGGUCUGCUGCUAAGCCGAGUACGCUCGAAGAAGUGGCAGCCAAUGAGCCCACACAACGAUCUCCAGAAGCGAGGCAGCGAUCAUUUGAAUCGAUGUCUCGAUCAACACUGUCUCACUCGACGUCACUGCAGUCGAUCAUGUCUGAAGAUUCCACACGACGCACUCGCAAGUGGGGUGAACGUCACCGCAGCCCUAGCCCGCGUUCCAAAGACCCGGGUAAUGCGAAGGAAAUGAUUCACAGAGGCCUUGGCCGCAUUCUAUCCCGUAACAUGGAGCCUUCGGGAUAUCGAAAACUGCAAGGGCUCAUCCAAUACCAUGGCGAUGAGAUUGUGUCUCAAAGCCAAGACUACAAUGCGAUGUUGGAAGCUCUACUGGCUGAACUAGAAGCGACACCUAGCAAUCGCAAGGAUCACGAUGCGAAGACCCAGGUACUGGCAACUAUCCGUUCCAUGCUCACCCGGACUCGAGAGCACUUCCACCCCUAUGACAUCCGCGCCAUGGCGGCUAUCAUUCGGGCUCGCCGCCACUAUGAAUCUACUUCACACUUUGUCACUUGUUUGGAGGAAGUGGUAGAAAAACUCGUGUUUUUGACAUUACCCGAGACAGCAAUUGCUGGUGUUCUGCAAGGACUAGACCUCGGACCCGAGGCCGAGAAGGAUGAGACGUACCGUUCCACCAUACUGGGUCUGAGUACUAUCCAACGGGCGCUGUCACGUCCCGGCGUUGAUAUCGAUGAUGAACUCCUGGCUCGCAUUGGCGCUGUGGUGAUGCAGCAACUCGGGCACCCGCGCCCUGGUGUCAGGAAGAAUGCCACUGAGCUCUGCACAUUCUUGAACAUCACCUUCGGAUCGGAGCGAGUGCAAAAUGUUACCCAGCCUCCCCGCGAAGGGUCUCUCAACCUGCUUACUUAUUUCAUGGCCCGACGAACUCAGUAA